UAGAUACCGACCCCAAUUGCUCUAUAUAAGAGCUUUGGACAUGUGGGGAUGAGAGAAGGUAAGAGUAUGGUUGCUAUCAUUUCUCUUCUCACACCUUUGUUGAAAGCCUUGGGAUCGAAGGCAGGGGUAUUAAUCAUGGCGUAGGAGAAGUAUAAUCAUCUCCCUGUAAUUGCAGAGAGUGCUUAUAUAAAAGCAUAUAAGAGAGAGAGAGAGAGAGAGAAGAAACUAAAUAAUUAAAGUCAGAGAGAGGGGUGUGGAGAUUAAAAACUCACGCUCUCUCUUUCUUUCUUUUCAAGUCUACUUUAAUAAGCUGUAAACUUGAAAGAGUAAAGAAGAAACUGAGAAAAGUGGCCACGAAAAGCAAGCAGGUAUGUGGGUGUCACCUGAACUGUCUUUCUUUGAAUAGAGUGAGAGAUUCCUAGCAAAGCUAGCUACUUAGUUUACUUUAAUUACUACUAUCAUCUUGGGAUUUUCAAGCCCUUUUAAAAUAAGAUUAUCAUCAUGGAGUCUGCAAAUCUCCAUCACCAACAUCAGCUCCCAGACCAGCUUGUUGGGUCUUCUUCUUUAGCCAACCCAACCUACUAUGGAGUUGGAAGCAACCAUGCUGCUUGGACCCCAAAUGUCACUUUUUAUGUCAACUAUUUGUAGGAACAAUAACUUCAAUUCAAACUUCGAUGGAGUUUUCUCAAACCCAAGGGAAUCUAAGCAGGAUAAUGACAUUCUAGCGCCUUGUCUCAACAAUUCCAUGGUCCAAGACUUAGGCUUUUACUGGCUUAGUAAUGCAGGGAGUUCCAAUAGUCAGUCUGCCCAUGACCUAAAAGUCAAGGAAGAGCAUUCAGAAUCUUUCCGCAAAUACACUGAACUGUUACACAGUUCCUCAGAAGAUUACCAUUUUACUCCAACAAGUCACAUAAAGAAUGAGAGAAACGAUCUUAGUGAGAAGCUAUUGCUCAAGACCAUUUCUACCAAGGGGCUUUAUUCUAAUGCCCAGAACUGUCCUAGUUUUGGAGGUGUGGCAAUGCCAAGCAGAGGGAACUUCAGCCAGAUUUAUCCUAGUAUAAAUAUUUCCAACUUGAAUCAAUCGCCAUCAUCAUCAGAAAUUUCAAGCUCCUUGGACAUGAACUUGCAGGCCUUGAGUCUAUUGACCCCAGAAAGAUACAGUGGAAGUUUUAGCCAACCUUCACAUGAUAGUCUUGGAUUAUUUAAAGCGAGCCCUUCUUUUGGUCUUGAUCAUAUGCAUAUGCAGCAAUUAACUCACAGGCCAUCAUUUAGCCCUAAUAAUAUAUCAUCACCAUUCACAAAUAGAAUAACAGAAGAAAAGAGACCCAGCAGUUUGAUGGAGGCAAAGACAGCUCAAGCUGCAUCCAAGAAAUCGCGAUUGGAGCCACGCGCUUCAUGUCCACCAUUUAAGGUUAGGAAGGAAAAAUUAGGAGAUAGAAUUGCAACUCUUCAGCAAUUGGUGGCUCCCUUUGGCAAGACAGACACAGCAUCGGUACUAAUGGAGGCUAUCGGGUACAUCAAAUUCCUUCACAACCAAAUCGAGACACUGAGCGUUCCAUACAUGAAGUCAUCACGAAACAAGGCUUGUAGAACAAUGCAAGCGGGUUCAGUGGAUGAUGGAAACGAAGAACGAAAGCGAGACCUCAGAAGCCGAGGGCUGUCUCUCGUGCCAUUAUCAUGCAUGUCUUAUGUCACAGGUGAUAUUGGUGGUGGAGGCAUUUGGCCCCAACCUAAUUACGGUGGUGGAGGAACUUAGAAUAUAUGUAUCUUAAAGACAAGUUUUUAACUUCUGAGCGAGACAAAUAGUUUGUUUCCAUGCAUUAAACCCGUAUUUGUUGAGAGCUUUAGGGUAUAUCUAGAAUGGAUGAAGAUGAGAUGAGAAGGACCAAGAUAUAAGGUUUAGGUUUCACUCUAUUUCCCAUCCAUCCAAACAUAGGAUUAGGUUUCAGUUUCACUCUGCUUCUUUUAGUGGAGCAAAUUUGGUCAACCUGUGUAAAAGAACAUGAAUCCCAGGAUGGACCAAGUUUGAUCCAUUAACAGUUCACUUAUCAUUUAUUUAUGUAUUGAAGACUUUUCACAUUGUGUAUGUACCUUAAUUUUUAUUUUUCUGU